ACAACUGGCUGAUGACAGGAUAAUGGAGCACAUAAAUUCAUGGAUGGAGGCUCGCGUUCAAACCAGACAACUUACGGUGUAUUGGUUCUGUUCAGUCACGAUGCAGAUUUCGCAGACAUAAUGCGCAUUGCUCAGCAACGCUUCAAGACUGUUCUCAUUCAUAAAUCUAAUUUUGAUGUGGUUGAGAAUGAAGAUGAGGGGGGUGAAGAUAAUGGAGAUAACGGAGGUAGCGAUGAGGGGGGAGAUAGUGGAGAUAGCGGUGAUGAAGAUGGUGGUAGAGGUCAACGUCGAGUUCGAAGAAGAGGUUCUAGUUAUCCACCUUUGGGAGCUCGGCGUAGAGGUGGUGUGUUUUAUCGGUCGAAGAAAAGAAAACAUCCUAUGCGGAAGGAGGCUGUGGCUGCUAUAUCGGUUGCUUGGGUCAUCAAUAAAUGUUCGGUUCCAGUUGCCUUUGGCGAAUUAACCGAACUCUCUAGUGACAUCCAGAGAUUUUUCAAGUCUUCGAAAAACAUCAAUGAGGGAAGUUGUUAGAAAUUUGAAAUUUUCAUAAUCAUAGCAUGUAAUUUCCAGUUGUCUCUGAUGCCGAAUUAGUAUAACCGAUUUGAGCUUUGUAUCCUCUGUUCUUUGAGGUUUUUUGUAAGAAAGUUUGCUUUUAAUAAAGAAGACAAUUCUGG